UGCUACGUACCGCGGCGGUGGUACAACUGCCGAUGUCGAUGCCGAUUCCGGCGGGUGGUGGUGGUGGUGGUGGUGGUGGUGGUCACCUCUACAAUAAGCGAGGUCCUGUGGGCCAGAUGCCGGGCGGCGGCGGUGGCGGCGGCGGCGUCAUUGGCAACAACAAUAUCAACAACCACAUCGGAAUCGGCGGCACCGUUGGCGGCGGUGGUGGUGGUGGUGGUGGUGGCGGCGGCGGUGGUGGUGGUAUCCUUCACGGAGGGAUCAAGGGCCAACGACAGCCGUUCCUUCAGCGCUUACCGUCGCGCAUACACGAUCUCACUCGGGCGAUCGAGAUUGCCGUCUCGGGAGCGGCGGCGGCGAAUACGGCAACGCAGCAGCAACAACAGCAGCGUCAGCACGCGCAAGCCAAACAGACCUCCCUGAAGAGCAAACCCAACAAUAACCGUUGUCAGCAGCAGGCCGGCAGCAAGAAGCUCCAGCAGAGCGAGAAAGUGUAGAGCGAGGAGUGUGUGAGAGAGAAAGAGGGAUAUAUGUAUGCUUGCGUUCGUAUGCGUGCGUAUGUGAGAACAAAAAAUGGGUAGGAAAGAAGGAAUGAAGGAAACGGAAAGAAGGCCGCGCGAGAGAUAAUUAGAGAGAAGUAGGUUGGAUCGUUCGACUGUCCGAUAUGUUGUAAUCGUGGACUGUGCGUGUAGAAAGCUCGAAGGAAAAUAAUGGGGAGGGAGGUAAAAGGAAAAAAAGGAAAAGAUAUUAACGAGUCCUCUCGUGUCCUCUCAUUCCCCUUCUUUUUCUCGUUGCGCUCUUCCUCUUUCGAGUUCCUCUUUUCUGUCCUUGCGUUCGGUCAGGAUUGAACGUGCGAAAGAAAAAGACACGCGAAGACACGGGAGACUUGAUGUCUCGCUGACGUAAAAUCGAAAAUAAUUUGAUAAGAAGGGCAAGAGAUCGAAGCGCGUUUUUGCCUUCGUCUCGCGUCUUUCCGCUAUCAUGUUGCACGAUGCCGAAUAGGAAGUCUCAUUUCUAGUUACAAAGGCAUACAUUUUGCCGACUAGACGACGCGACGCGACGCGCGAGGAUGAUAGAAAGAUUAACACGAAAGAAUUAGUUAAAAGAAAAAGACCGAAUCGGAUUAAGUCUUAUUCGUAUAGUGACCUAUCCCUGCCCUGUAUGUACAUACAUAUUGCCAAUUUUAUGUAUGUAUACGCGAAUGCGUACUUGUGGACCAAGUGGUGUCCGCGUGGGACAGAACGACAGGACGGAGAGAGCUUAAAGCUCCGAGGAAGGAGGAAGGCGUAAAAACGAGAUAUUAGAGCGAGAAAGAAAGGCAGAGAGAAAGAGAGAGAGAGAGAGAAAAAGGACUUUCCCUUCGAUUAGCAUUUGACAAUGCGUCGAGAGCCUCCGCCGGGCAUUUCGGCCAAUCUUUCUUUAUUUUUAAUUUUUUUUCUCUACUUAAUGUACAUCCAUGACCGGGUUAGUCACGACGAUAUCGGGCUGUGAGACUGAAUCAUAUACACACCAGACAUGCAAUUAAUAUACACAUACACACAUACACAUACACUUGCACGUACAAGUAGAACGAUCACCAAAACGCGCGGUGUUAAGAACGGCGGGUUGUCGUAGAAGAAAAUAUUUCGGGACGCGCUCAUACGAGAUAAAACUCGUCGAAAUGCGGGAGAAAGAGAACGGAUGAGAGGGAGAGCAAGAGAGAGAGUGAAAGAGAGCAAAAGAGAGAGAGAGAGAGAGAAGAAAGAUAGAGGGGAGUAUAAAAGAAUGAAACCUCAGAGAAACACUCACACACAGUGCUUAGUAGUAGGUGGUUAUACAUACUCGUUUUAUGUAUAAGUUUUAGAGUAUUAGCGUCGUGUGGAUGAAAACGGGAGAGAAACAGAUUGGGAGGACGGUGAGGGUACGAACGAAAUGCCGAAGAAAGGAAAAAAAGGAAAUGUUGCAGAGAAGGGGAUGAAAAUGAUUUCGAGGGUUUAAGAAUGCGAAGCGCGCGGGAGCCGUAUGGUAAUCGAGAGGAAAGGAAAAAACUAAAAAGAAAAUCAGAUAUUGUGGGGCAGGGCUCGCACUCACGUGUUCGUACGAUCGCACGAAAGAGAUUUCAUGUGUGCGGGCACGAUGUGUACCUUAAUGUAACCCCGUAAGUUUAAUUAGGAUGAUGUUACCGUUUGAUAAGCAUCGACGUAUGGACGUAUUUAUUUUCGGGCGAGGCGGCUCCCGGAGGAUCGCGAACGGGGAUUCUCGGGGCUCGGUAUAGGUAGAAAGAAAAAAAGAGAGGCAGAGAGCACGGCCUGAGGGAUCGCGAAGCGAUCUAAUCGCGUAACACAAUAUAAUCAUUAUUACACUUCUGCUAGUGCUAGUCAGUACUCAGGUGGUCUCCAUUGCCGCGCAUACGUGCCGAUGAUAUAGGCGCGUAUAUAAUGUGUCUUUUUCAUUUUUCAUUAUUUUUUAUUUUUAUUUUUAUUUUUUUUUAUUACGAGACGUAUUUAUUAUAGAUAGUAAAAAUGUGCUUUCGCAGGAUCGGAUUCUCUGACUUUCAACAAUUUUCCGCGAGGAUGCACCGUCCGAGAGGGCAUUUUACGAGAUGUUACGUAGCUUUUCUUGCAAUCGUCGAUUCUUUUAUGGUCUCCGUGAGAUUUCGUGACUACCGAAAACGAAUAAUGAUAAAAAAAAGAACGAGUUUCUUGUCUAAUAAAAAAAAAACAAAAAUAAUUUUCACGUGUAAAUGUACAUGCAGCUUUUACAAUAUAUGUGAGAUGUAAAAUAAUGAUUCAAAGCGCAUGGUCGCUUAAGCGUUACAUUUGAUUUUUACGCUUCUUAUUGAUUAGUAUUGCACGUUUUGACGUUCGUGGUCAAAUAUUUCCAAACAUUGAGGAUUACAUCAAUAUGACGAGAGCGGUGUUAUUGUCCUAUAAAGCAGAGGAAACGGAUGUUGUGAACACUCGUCACUUUAGCUUUCCAUCGUAGAACAUCGAUAUUAUUCUCGUUUAUUGAUAUUACCAAAAAGUUAAAUACUUGACAGAUUGAACUUCUUUAGAACUUUAAAAUUCCGGAAGAGAAAGCUUCCCCCGUUCCUGCAUGUACUUCGAGGACGGUGUAUGCGACCGGUAUGUGAUACGGAUUAAUGACAAGAUUGGUUAACGUUCGAUCUCAGAUCAGAUUUAAGGAAUCACGUAUCUAGUCUAUGUGCAAGUUGCCGCGUCGUCGGUGCGGUUCCGCGCUUGAAGAAAGAUUUAAGAAAGGAUAGAUGUCAGACACCGGAAAGUUGGAGGGGGAAGGGGGUGAAGACAACGAGCGCGGCUAAGUAAAACGGCGCGAAGCAAGCGAGCCAGAUUCCUCAUGCUCGUUCGCGCGAUUGUCGUUGUCAUUCUUUUGAGUGACGAUGGAUCGAUUCGAUUUACUAAAAUUGUGAUUGUAUCAUAGACAAAAUCCUAGAAGGAUUCUUUGUAAGUGUUGCAAGCAGCUUAGAGCUUUGGAUUCGUCCCAAGAUUUUACAAGACCACGGUUUAAGGCGUGACUCUCCGCAAUUGUAAGUACAGAAAUCACUUUUCGAAAGUGACUCUCUCUCCGAUUGCGCGCAGAGAUCACGUUAAAGUGAUUCUCCGCACCCGCUUCCGUCACUUUUCUCGAGUGAUUUCUCACAAGUAUGAAUAAGCGGUCCUCGAACCGCAAAAUCGCCAACUCGCAAUCGUGGGAUAACUUCUGAUUCUGGAAUUUGAAAUCGACGGAUCCCCGAAUGGCGCGAGACGAGCAUGAGGACGCGGGCCUCGUGUAUUUAAUAAUUACAAGUUAGGCGAUACUCGGUUAAGGAUAGAUUUAGUCAAGGAAACAAAAAAAUAUAUAUGUUGUCUUAUUUAUGUGUACCUUUUUGUGUCUAGUCCGGGAGUCACGAGGAAAACGUGCGAGGGCAAGGGAUACUGUCCCUCGGAAAAGUCGUGCGACUCCCACGAGCGUUGUGGAUUUUCUUUUUCUCUAAGACAUUACUUUAUUUAUUCAGAACCGCCGCCGAAUCGCACGCAAGUUCAUCACUCAAUGAUGGACACGGAGUAUCGGCGAGGCGCCAAGAUCUCGAAUGUUAGUGCAAAUUAAGGCGUCGACGGGCAUUAAAACGUCGCCGCGUAAGCGCAAACUCGCUGAUCGGAGGGUGUUCGAACGACGAUUGGUCUUCAUCGCUCAUAAUUAUAUCGCAGCACCAUUGUACGAAUGUCGCAAUACAGAGAGAGCAACGCGUUCGUACGUGCAGACACGUAUGAAGCGUUUCCCUCGAUUGAUUCGCAUGAGCGAACGGUGAUUUUUAUUCGCAAUGUGAGAGAGAGAGAGAUAUAUAUAUAUAUAUAUAUUUUGCGUGGUAGUCACGCGAGCACCGAUAGAAUAUUGGUAGAUCGUUAUUGA